AUGGUUCAUAGAUUUUCAACUAGAUUAUUGAAUGUUUGCAUAGGUUCCCUAUUUAAGGCCCAUAAAUUGGAGAAAGCUGAAUCAGUUAUUAUCAAUGGUAUAAGAUUGGGAGUGCUCCCUGAUGUUGUAACUUACAAUAUAUCGAUUGAUGCAUACUGUUGUUUUGGAAUUGAUGCUGGUUAUGCCAUUCUCCAUCAAAUGAGAGAAGCUGAUGUUACCCUAGAUAUUAUUUCAUAUAAUUCUUUGAUAGCUAGUACCACUAGGAAUCACCAAAUAGAUCGGUCUUUUGAUUUAUUUGAUGAAAUGAUUCAAAGAGGCAUAGCCCCUGAUGUUUGGAGUUACAAUAUUUUGAUGCACGACCUUUUCAAGUUAGGAAAACCAGAUUUGGCUAAUAGGAUUUUUAAGGAUAUUAUAAUUGCUGAUUAUUCACCUUCUAUUGCUACUUUUAACAUUAUGAUGAAUGGUCUUUGCAAGAAUGGGUAUACAAAUAAUGCUUUUAUGUUGUUUAGGAACUUACAGCAUCAUGGAUUUGUGCCAGAGUUAUUGACUUACAAUAUUCUUGUUAGUGGACUAUGCAAGAUCGGUAGAUUAAGGUCAGCAAGGAGGGUUCUUAAAGAAAUAGUGGAAUCGAGCCAUGUUCCAAAUGCCAUAACAUAUACUACUCUAUUGAAAUGUUUCUUUAGGAAGAAGAAGUCUGAAGAGAGAAUUGAGCUAUUGUUGGAAAUGAAGAGUAAAAGGUAUACAUUUGAUGGUUUUGCUUAUUGCACAGUUAUUGGUGCUCUAAUUAAGAUAGGUAAGGUGAAACAGGUGACCGAAUUCAUGGUGGACAUGACUGAAAUUGGUAUCGAGCUUGAUAUAGUAUCUUAUAACACACUAAUUAAUUUUUACUGUAAAACUGGUGAGUCGGAAAAAGCCUAUAAGUUGUUGGAUGAGAUAGAAAAGAAAGGGUUGGAGUGUGAUAAGUAUACACACACUAUAAUGAUUGAUGGAUUGUGCAGGGCAGGUAACAUUAAAGGGGCAGCACAACAUUUGAAGUAUAUGAAUAUGAUGGGCUUUGAUUCAAAUUUGGUUGCAUAUAAUUGUUUGGUUGAUGGGUUGUGUAAGGUUGUUCAAAUUGAUGAUGCAAUCAAAGUCUAUAAAUCAAUGGAGGUAAGAGAUUCUUUUACCUACUCCUUUUUGGUGUACAGCCUUUGCAGGGACAAGAGGUAUCAUUUUGUAGCCAAGCUCUUGCUAUCUUGUUUACGAAGUGGCAUGAAAAUACUUAAGUCUGCUCAACGAGCUGUCUUGCUUUGUCUUCGCUAUUCUGGAUUUCCUGGAGAAGCAAAAAGGCUCGAGUCUAAGAUUCGCAUUGCUCGAAUAUUGAAUCAUUGA